CAUACCUUCAUUAUUAAUUUAUUAAUUCGCAAUUUAUUCUUUGUUACCAAAUUAUUAAUUUAAUAAUAUUAAUGCAUUUCACGCAGUGGUUGCUGAUUGUUCAUCUUCUAUAACUUGAUUUUACAUGAAAAAAAAAGAAACUCUUGGAAAAACAACGAAAGAAGAAGAGAAACCCAGAUCAAGGGUACUAGAGAUUUUGGUGUUUCGUGGUCUAUCGUUCUGGAAUAAAUUGAAGAUGUCUGGAGCAGAAGAUCAAAUGGAGAUUAAGUUUAGGUUGAUUGAUGGAUCAGAUAUUGGCCCGAAAAUUUUCCCUACGGCUACAAGCGUUGCAACCUUGAAGGAGAAUAUCAUAGCUCAAUGGCCUAAAGAAAAAGAAAAUGGUCCACGUACAGUCAAAGACAUCAAACUAAUUAGCGCGGGAAGAAUAUUAGAGAACAACAGAACUGUGGAGGAUUGUAGAAGCCCAUUAUACGAUAUUCCAGGAGUAGUCACGACCAUGCAUGUUGUGGUUCGAACACCAGCAAUGGAAGUAAAGAAGUCGCUAAGUGACUCGAAGCAGAAUAAAUGCGGCUGCGUUAUAUUAUGAGACACAGUUCCAGAACCAAAAUGAUCGACAUUUGCAGAUAAGGUACAGUUGAAUUGCUGGUUAAUUGGUGGCAAAUCAUAUCUUGCACUAGGUCCAGGUGUUCAUAUAGUCAGUCAAUUUCACAUCCACAUUUUUUUUUACUUUAAAAAUUCUACUGCUGCAUUCUUGAAUUGUAACACUUUCAAUUGAAGAUCUAUGUCUUCUUUUGGAAUAACUCAAAUCACAGUUGCAGAAUCAGAAUUAUUGGUUCUAUUGAAGUCUUCAA